GAAUUUCACGGAUGCUGAUGGAAUCCUAGGGAUGGUAGCAGUGUUGAAUUAGCAAAUCAAAAUAAAUGUGCAUGGUGCCAAGGGGCAAAUGGAUCCAUCUGCAAAAAUUAUCAUUGAUAGGCUUGGAGUUAAAUAAUUUCAUUAUUUAUGAAUUUAAUUCGUCAUAUAGGGAUAGUGUAUAUUGGAUUUCAUUUAUGUACGAUUGAAUAUUUGUGAAAAUAGUUAUCUUAGAUACAAUUUUCCUGUGGGUUCUCAUGUGCAUGUGCAUAUUGGUAUGCUGGAUGCAUCAAAUUCUAUUUUUGGUUCAUGUGUGCGUGCGCGGGAUCGCGCGUUUGUGUGCGAGAGUGUAUAUUCUUCAUUUAGAACGUUAUUGCUGCUGUAUUGGAAUGAAGCUAGUGCAAGACCAAGGGCGCCCGACUGAACGUAUGUUGGUUGUACAGCCAAAUUUCUGUUGCUGCGAUAGAAACAUUCAUCUAGAUCAACAAUGGAAGAAAGAAGAGUGGCCGAUUAUUUUGUGGUAGCUGGAAUGCCCGAUCACCCGAAACUGCUAAAAGAGAACAUAUUUAACGAUUCGUCGCAUUUAAGAUCUACCAACAGUGUAGAUCCUAUCACUGACAUAGGCGUAUAUUUUCCUUCUCUGGGUGAGAAAAUCCCCGCGGACUAUGAGAUACUCGAGAACACGCCGUCGGGACUGCUGGCGGAUCUGAAUUAUGGCUCCGUUCGAACUACCGGCUGCUUUAUCUACUAUCGGCGUGGCAAGGAUAAACCGCCUUUGGUCGAUAUUGGCGUAAUGUACGAAGGUGCCGAACGGAUAAUGGCCGAUGCAGAGAUUGUUAUAAGCACGCCCGGCGAUCGUUUGGCGAACGUGAAUAAUUCUUCUGCCAAAACGUUUCUAACGUUUCGGCGUGCAACCACCGAUAUGCCGUGCAACGAACUGGUGGUAACUGAUCUGUGUGUCGUUAUACCUUCAAAGGGCGAAAAACCUCCUCAUGCGUUCUGCAUGAUCCAUAAAACGCUCAACAAAGGUCUCAUGGGAAGCGAUGUGUAUCUAUGUUACAAAAAAUCGAUGAACCGUCCGAAAUUGAUCAGUUACGAGCCGGAAAUUUUACACCGAUAUCCAACACAUGAUCAUAAUGAUUUUCCGCUAACACUGUGCCCCAGUGUACCACUGUUUUGCCUACCGAUGGGCACAACGUUGGAGACUUGGCCACAUGUACCGGGCGGUGACGGGAAGAUAAAAAGAAAACCAAUUCAACCAAUCUUCAGUACGUUUGUGCUGACUGUCAACGAUGGUACAUACAAAGUAUACGGAUCAGCAUUAACAUUCUACGAAGAUUUUUGUGAAAAUAAACUGAAUACACAACAACGUGAGCUGUUGGAUUGGACGGAAGAUUCACAUAAAACUCAUUCUUUGCACGUGAACAAAUCGAUAUGCAUUUUGUCGAGGUGGCCAUUUGGAGAUACGUUUGAGAAAUGGCUACAAUUCUUACACCAACUGUCGAUUCUCAACGAAAAGCUUCCAGUACCAAUCGAACGAUACAUAACUCAUCUGCUAGAUGAGGUGCCGUUCCCAUCGCCUAGCAUUUUAUUACAACUUUCAACGCUCAGUAAUAACAGAAUUUUGCUUACGCUACCAGAAGAUUCGCCGCUACCUCGUAGCGGUGCUGGUUUUCGGCAGUUGCUUUCCAAUCUUGGCCCGGAAAACUGUUUGCAUGUGCUGUUGCUGGUUUUAACGGAACAAAAGUUGCUCGUACAUUCUUUACGACCGGCCAUAUUGACCGCAGUAGCGGAAGCAGUCUCAUCUUUUCUGUUUCCAUUCAAAUGGCAAUGUCCUUACAUACCGCUCUGUCCGCUGGGUUUAGCCGAGGUACUACAUGCCCCACUUCCGUACCUUAUAGGAGUGGAUUCACGUUUUUUCGAUCUAUACGAACCACCCAGUGAUGUAACGUGCGUCGAUCUGGACACAAACAAUAUUAGUUUGUGUGAAUCGCAAAAGCACCUAACUACCAAACUUUUGCCAAAACGAGCAGCACGUGUUUUACGACAAACUUUGCGUAACCUAGAAGAAUUGAAUCAAAACCAAGGUUGUGACUCGAACAACAGCUUGGAUCGUGAUUUAAAAAAGCGAAAACGCGAACAAAAUCUAGAACAACGGAUUCAGGAAGCAUUUUUACAGUUCAUGGCAUGCAUUUUAAAGGGCUACCGGGAUUACUUAGUACCGAUUUCGAAGGCGCCUACGAUUGGAGCUACGGAUCCGAGCGCGCUGUUUCGCAUGGACGCUUUUCUACGAUCCCGUGAUAAGGCACAUCACAAAUUUUUCACUCUGCUUAUGAAAACGCAAAUGUUCAUCCGGUUUAUUGAAGAACGUUCGUUCGUGUCGGACAGCGACCACAAUUUAGCAUUUUUUGAUGAAUGUGCCGAAAAGGUGAGUGCGUACGAAGAUACGCCAACCGAAAUCAAGCUCAUCGAAUGGGAUUCGGGUCAGAGCAGCGAGCGCACCAAAUUUAUUCUACCGCCCGAAUGCCAACCCGGAUUGCCAGAUCAACUAUACGCUUAUAGUUCAUUCUCGCUCGAUUCAAUGUUGCUAAAAGAAACGCGAAGAAGUGUGCUGGAUAAUGUGUUGCAGCAUCACAACAACAGUCUUGCUCCUGGGUCACCGAUGGCCCGUCGCACAAAACAUGAGAUUAAAACAGCGCAGAAAUUAGCCCGCAAACAUCAAGGAAAUCCGGAGCUGUGGGCAAAACAUUUGCUGGCUACAUGCUACUCUAUUUACUUUAUCGUUUUACCGAGCUUAAUAUCGGAGAACACGGGUCGGGAACAUGCCGUGUUAAAAGCGGCAUACGAUUUACUUAGCAAAGCAUGCAAGCUGAAGGUGCCGUGCGAUGAGGUUUGCUAUCGCAUUAUGAUGCAGCUGUGCGGGUUGCACAAUCUUCCCGUGCUUGCAGUUCAUUUACACUACCUGAUGAAGCGAUCGGGCAUUCAACCGAACGCGCUCACGUAUGGAGUUUACAAUCGGUGCGUACUGGAGGCUCAGUGGCCAUCGGACUCCAUCUUGUCGUCACAAAUGCGUUGGCAUCGUUUGCGGAACAUUGUGAUCGGGGCAGCACAUUUUAAACGUGCUGGAAAAAAAUUUGCCGACCGUCGCCGGCGCUCCCUUUCGCACGAAAGCAGUUCCAUCGGCGGUGCAUUAGAGCUAGUAGACGGUACAUCACGAACAAGCCUUGACUCUGGAUAUUCGCAAGCAGAACAGCAACAACUACAACCGAAUACGAACGUAACGAUGGACUUUAGUGCCUUCGACAAACUGCGCGGAAGAGUAGGUGCAAUUGUGCGGCAAACUACAACUCCUGGUCACCAGGAAUCCGCGGAUGUACUAUCGAGUGCUGGGCUGUUAAUUAGCGGUGAGGCGAGUCAUCAUCUCAAACAACUGCAUUCACAUGCUAGUACUGUUGCUGCGAAGGAAGCAAAAGCUGGCUACAAAAAGGCAUCUCCUGCUAAUGCUUGCGAUAUCAGUCCGCGCAUGCUAGCAAGAGCCGAUAGCUUUGCAGGAGAUUCGAAAUUUAUUGACAAACUGCAGCGACAAACACGAGGCGAUGGGAUGAAAUCGAAACGUGUGCUAGAAUUUCAACGAGAAUCGGGCAGCAUUGCUUCUGAAUCAGAAGAUACGAAGGACGCAUAUGCAAAGGGCAGUCCUACAAAAAUUUCACCUCGCACUCUAGUUACGCAGGACGAUCCCUUGGGAGCACUGAAUGAUAUGACGGAAGAGUUGGUGGCUGAACAGAGCGAAACUGUAGAGAAAAAUGCGGAACAAUAUCAAGCGAGUAACAACAAUACCAUCUACACUGACCAACCUAUCUUAUUCAAAGGUCAACGAUCAGCAACGUUUGACGAUUCGACACAGCUAAACAAAAGCAUGCAAAGGUCCGAAACUAUGCCUAUGACCAGCACGGUUUCGUCGGGAUUUGGAAGUUUGGGGUCAACGUUGAAGUUUAACUUCGGCCGUUACUCACCUGCACGCAUGUCCAUGAAAAAAGACUUGAAAUCGUUAUCCACAAACAUGAUAGAGAAUAUUUCUAACAUAAGUCCGAGCCUUACUGGGAAAAAAUCAAAUGAGAUCCUACAGAGUGGAUUAAGCAGCAUCAAGAAUGCAGCCAAUUCGGUAGCAAAGAAGUUGGACGAUAUAAAAGAAGCCAUUUCAGCAAAUUCAACGCCAGUCAAAACAGGUAGCGGAUUAAUUGGUGGGAGUGGAUUGGAAAGAGACGGCCAUGGGUCUGAAAAUGAUCUACUUCAUCACGAUGAUCCGAUGCAGACAAUGAAUGGCAGCCGGUCGCGUCGUGUGUCCAGUGAAUUCGAUCUUUGGGGUCGUUUCAGUGAAUCGCGUAAGUCUAGUUACAAUAAUUUGGUUCCUUUAGGUGAAAAUGCAACGUCGACAAAUAGCUUGAAUGUAUAUCCAACGUUGCCAGAUAAUAUGUAUCCCACAUUCGCAGAGGUAUCGGAGGCUAGUAUUGCAGAUUUCGUUAUCCAAAUCACGUCUUGUUCGCAAUGUCAUAACUGUUCUGUACUCCUGUAUGAUGAAGACGUUAUGGCUGGAUGGUCAGCGGAAGAUUCCAAUCUGAACACCACAUGCAAUGCAUGCGGGAAGGUGACAGUGCCAUUUCUAAAUGUGCAAAUUAAACGCGAAGGACAAAAUCCUCAGCGAGAUAAUCCGUCUUCUCAGCAGCAUACUACUUCGAAGCAUCAACAUGACAUGAUAAGUGUGCCAUAUUUAAAUCCACUCGUGCUACGUAAAGAGUUAGAAAACAUUCUUAGUGAGGAAGGUGAUUUGGCGCUUAGUAAUGCAAAGUUCGUGGAGGAACAUCCUAUCAUUUACUGGAAUUUAGUAUGGUUUAUGGAACGAAUAGACGUCAACACACAUCUUCCUUACCUUGCCUUACCGCAGCAGGAGGAUGACAACCCCGAUCCGUUGAGCAAUGUAAAAACAGUGAAUGUACAUUGUUUGUGGGACAAUCCUCGACUUCAUUCGGAAGCGGGGCCAGCGAUGUAUAUGCUAUGGCGACAAAAUCAACCAGACAGUACUUUACUGAAAGCUCUGCUUACCGACCAAACAUCGAUCAAUAGAACUGUGAUGCAACAAGUAAUUGCUUCGAUACGAUGCAACGAUUUACUAACACCCGUCAAACGGCUAGCUAACGAACGGCAAAAGUUAAAACACCGAGGCGUCGAUCGUACGCACUCAAUCUACCGCGACAUGCUGUUUCUAGCGUUUAUCGAAAUCGGCCGAGCGGACAUCGAUCUCAUUUCGUUCCAUCGCGAGUAUGCGGCCGUUUUUGAUAAGCUAACGGAGAAAGAAUGUAACACAUUUUACCGCAGUCAGGAUCUUCCGCCAUCGCCGACGGCCAUAUUUUGUCGUGCAUAUUUCAAACCACUCCUUCUACCCUGACCGUUUGUAAACCAACGAUGGUUGAUGUCGCGUGACUGGUUAGGUGGGCGUAAGAAUUAAAAA